UCAAGGACAUCGGGUUCCCGCGCUGUUUAUAAGACCAGCAGUCACCCACAUUCCUGCACUAGUACCAGACUCUCCCUUUCUGGAGCAACGCAGCAUGCUUCUCCUGGUGGUAUUGAGUGUUGUUGGUGCAGCCGUGGGUCAGGUGUACCCCCAGGACACACCUGAGGUAGCAGCGGCUCGCGACGCCUUCAUCAGGGAGUACAAUCGCCUGGCACUGCUGGCUGCAGAAGCGCCGGAUAUAGAUAUCUACGUAGGUCGCAGUAGCCAAGCCCAUUACGGCGCUCCUCUCACCAGAGUUCACCACACACCAUCCUUUAACACCUAUGCCUACUCUUCCAAUUACGGCGGCCACCAGCACUCGCAUUCAACCUCCGGCCACCUUGCUGGCCAUCUUGCUGGCCACCUUGCUGGCCACCUCGCUGGCCAUGCAACACAUUACACUCCUACUGCUUAUUCGGCUCCAGUGCAGAAAUGGAAUGGUCCUCUAGCCGAUACGGUUCCCGCUGGCCUGAACGGCAAGGUAGAAGAUACUCCAACCGUAGCUGCCGCUAAAGCUGUACACAUGGCAGCCUUACAGAAAGCCGGAUACGGUACGAAACAGGCUACUGCAUACGUGACCGGACACUUGGGUGGACAUAUAGCCGGUCACCUGGCCGGACACUCGGCCGGGAGCCUGUAUUCACGAUUGCCAGCACACCAUGUGUCUCACUAUGCGGGUCCAAUCUGGAAGGGGCCGCUAGCUGAUACCGUUCCUGCGGGCGUUGACGGAGUGGUGAAGGACACCCCGGGAGUGGCUGCCGUCAAGGCCGCCCACUUGCAAGCAGUGGCCGCCGCCCUGGGUUACCAGGGCCACCGCUUCUGAGUGUAUUGAUACACGUCCUCAAGGAGUGCGAGUGCCAGGUGUGUAGGCCGGAGAAAGCGAGAGCCAUCCAGUUUUACCACCUGGGAAACUAGGAGAGGCAUACACAGUCACCAUCUGGGAGUGGCAAACGCAGUCACCAUCUGGGAGAGGCAUACGCAGUCAUCAAAUGGAAGAGGCGUAUGCAGUCACCACAUGGGAGAGGCGUAUACAGUCACAUGCUGAACAGUUAGGGAAGGUGUACAGUCACCAGCUAAGCAGACUGGAGAGGUGGGCAAUCUAUUCAGCGUAAUCACUGAUAAUGAUUAACUUCUGAUAUUAUCAUUACAUAAUAAACUAGUUUUCUUAA